UUCAUAUUCUUGCUCACUAAGUAUCCUACAAAACCUUAAUCUUUAAUUCCUACGUAGGAAACUAAAAGUUAAAGACAUGUCUGGUGUUUGGGUCUUCAAAAAUGGUGUGGUUCGACUGGAGAACCCUGGAAGUGAUUCCUUUCAAGGAUCUGGUCGACGUAAGGUGUUGGUUCAUGUAGCCACGAACGAAGUGGUAAGUUCGUAUGAGGUGCUGGAAAGAAUGUUGUUGUCAUUCGGAUGGGAGAGGUACUACGAUGACCCUGAUCUCUUUCAGUUUCAUAAAAGGUCAACUGUGCACCUAAUUUCUCUCCCUAAAGAUUUCAAAAAGCUCAAGCCCAUGCAUAUGUACGAUAUAAUCGUCAAGAAUCGGAAUGUGUUUGAAGUAAGAGAUAUAUAACUAACCGGCCAUGCGGAGCCCUGGCAGGCUAUAGCUAGCUAGUUGGCUCGUUAUUAGUUAGGAUGAUCAUUAUGUUGUGUUCUUGGUGUUUAUUGGUUUGUUUGUUUCAUUCUGUGAUGGGUGUGAGUGAAAGUACCUCUGCUGACAAAGUAAGUCCAAGUUGGGUUUCGGGUCUCCCCAAGAAUGUUGGAGUACAUGAUGCAGUUGAAGUUUGAAUUUUUUUAGGGUUUGAGAAACUAAUUGCUUACAGUUCAAGGGUACCUUGCACGAUGAUAAUGUGCCUGUAAAUCUUGUAUGGUAUUUUCAGUAAUCGAAAUCAAGUUUCUGUGUGUAA